AUGUCCGCUUUCCGUGUAACCACUACCAGCAACACAACCAUUACAGCUGCUGUGCCUCCUCCUGCUCUGGGACGAGACAUGAAUCCGACAAAGACAACGCCAGUAUUUCCUAACAACAGCAACGAUGCCUUUUGUUCUUCUUCUUUGUCGCUCAUUACCGACGGCGACGAUCAAUCCAUUUCAAACAACGACUCGGAUUUUUCAUUGUACACUGCCACGACGCAUGCAGAAUGCUGUUGUUUCUCCAGUACUUGUAAAAACCAGCAACUGUGGAUGCGUAUUGUUCAAAAACUAGAAAAUGAUGCUCGUUUAGCUGCUGCUAUCGGCCAAAGCUUAUUAUUGCAGCAUGAACAGUAUGUCUCGGACACAAACCAGACCAAACGAAUGAUGGAGCGACAGUUGGACAGUUACCAAGAGCAGAUCCACAAAUUACAGCAGGUGCAGGAUGCCACAGAUGUAGUAAAACAAGAACUGGAGGAUGACAAGAAAAAAUGGAUUAUGAAAUGGAAGCGUACGCAAAAGACGUUGGACGCUACAGCAGCUGACUUUGAGGCGGCCAAUAGUAGAUGUAUCACUUUAUCAAAAACGCUCCAAGUAAAGGAGGCAGAAGUGGAACGAUUACAAGUAUAUGAAGCGAUGAUAAAGAAGGCCAAUGCUCAUGAAGAUGCUUGGAGAACAAAGCUCGAGGAUGCUCAGCAAGAAAUCGAAGCAAGCCGCAGGAGCGAGAAAUUAUCCGAAGCACGGUUCAGGAAAAUGAAAGAAAAACAUGACGCAAUACAGAUCGCCCACGGACAAUUACAGCGGUCAAUUGAAGAAGAGCGUCAUCAUAUCGAUCUUAGCUAUCGUUCAAAUUCAAAGUUACGAAGCAAUGCACUCAAGAAGAUGAGCUCUAAACGACAACAGCCUCCUUCUCCUGCAUUAUUAAAACCAAGUCAAAGUACCCCAACUACCGUCGAUGCCAAUAGUGGCAAUAGCAGCAAGGAGUUCCAAAAGAACUCUUGGCCACAAGCUGACCCUAGUGCGCAGCCACCUCCAACUCCUCCCUAUGUUCCGUUCAUUAUAACCCCUUCUCCAUCGACACCUGUUCCAACUUCCACUACUACCAAUGAAGACAAAGAUGGCUAUUCAUCUGCCAUACAUCACCACCAUCAUCACUACUAUUAUAUGGACCAACAAGAGAAGAACAACAGCAGCAGCAGCAUGUACAAUGGAGCCGAAACGACAAAGGAUCUUUCUGAGUUGGGUGCAUUACAUUCUAACGUGACACAGAUGCUGGAACGAUUACAUGCGACGGAUAUGCUUGCUCUGAAUAGACAACUCGGGCGUGCUUUUGACAUGGACCAUGUCAGUCAGUUGAGCAACACGAUGAUUGAUCAGAUCCUAAGUGAAACAGAGGAGGAGGUCGCUUUAAUAGUAACUACAGCAGCAGAUACUGCAACAGACGACAUGGUUGCAAUUGUGCGACUGUGUCAAGACAUGAUCAAAGAAAUCGGACAGCUCCGGGCAACCUUGAAUGACUUACAGGCUGAAUACGUGAACAAGAUCCAGGAGAAUGGAACGCGAGUGGAAAAGGAGCUUAUGCAGCGACGACAGCAACGAAAACAAAAUAAAGUAUAG